CUGAAGAGAACAGCUGAAGUUAUAGCGAGGUUUACUUCGAGCUGUCAAGAGAUUAUUUGAGCGGAUGGCGACCACAGAGCUUUACACAAAGGGGGCAUGUGUGUGGGUGCCAGACCCAGAAGCUGUGUGGGUGUCUGCACAACUGCUUCGAGACUACAGUCCUGGAGACCAGCAGAUCUCAAUACAGCUACCUGAUGGCAGAGAGAUGGAGUAUCCAGUCUUGCCUCCGGCGGGUCUUCCACCUCUUGGUAACCCUGAUAUUUUGGAGGGAGAAAAUGACCUCACAGCUUUGACCUUUCUCCACGAGCCAGCGGUACUUCACAACUUGCGUGUGCGCUUUCUCGACUACAGUAGCAUUUAUACUUACUGCGGGAUUGUGUUGGUGGCAAUAAAUCCAUAUGAGCCAUUGCCCAUCUAUGGAGAAGAGGUGAUUGACGCUUACAGUGGACAGGACAUGGCUGAUAUGGAGCCCCACAUUUUUUCUGUGGCUGAAGAGGCGUACCGAACGAUGAUCAGAGAGGAGAAAAACCAGUCCAUCAUAAUCAGUGGAGAAUCAGGCUCAGGUAAAACUGUAUCUGCUAAAUUCACCAUGCGCUACUUUGCUGUUGUGGGUGGUGCAGCCCAGCAGACCAGUGUGGAGGAGAAAGUCCUAGCAUCCAAUCCCAUCAUGGAGGCAAUUGGUAAUGCAAAAACAACUCGGAAUGACAACAGUAGCCGUUUUGGAAAAUAUAUUGAGAUCGGAUUUGGACGUAAAGGGGACAUUAUUGGGGCAAACAUGAGGACCUACUUGUUGGAGAAAUCAAGAGUUGUCUUUCAGGCAGCCAACGAGAGAAACUACCACAUCUUCUACCAGCUUUGUGCUUCCAGAGAUUUGCCAGAGCUGAGGACACUUAGACUUGAUUCUGCAGAGAACUUCCAUUACACCAACCAAGGACAAGAUGUGCACAUUUCGGGUACAGAUGAUGUAGUCGAGCUAGAGCGGACAAGAAAUGCCUUUACUAUACUUGGAGUGCAAUCUGACCAGCAGAUGGAGAUAUUUCGUAUCCUGGCAGCUAUUCUUCACUUGGGAAAUGUCAACAUACAAGCCAGCGGUCGUGGUGGGGACCGCAGCUACAUUGAUGGCGAUGACCGUUCCUUGGCAAUCUUUGCCAAGCUUUUGAGGGUGGAAGGUGCUCAGAUGGCCCAAUGGCUAUGCCACAGGAGACUAGCAGUGGGUGGGGAGAUGCUUGUAAAGCCCAUGACUGGCCAACAGGCAAAUGAAGCACGGGAUGCUCUGGCUAAGCAUGUGUACGAGCAACUUUUCACAUGGACGGUGCAGAGGCUCAACUCAUCCUUACGAGCACAUCGGGAAAAGCCCAAAUCUUUCACAGGAGUCCUUGAUAUCUACGGGUUUGAGACUUUCGACAGGAAUAGUUUUGAGCAAUUCUGUAUCAACUAUGCCAAUGAGAAACUCCAGCAGCAAUUCAACAGGCAUGUGUUUCAGCUGGAGCAGGAGGAGUACCUGCGAGAGGAACUUCCCUGGAACCGCAUUGAAUUCAGUGAUAAUCAGCCAUGCAUUGCACUCAUCGAAGGCCAGCUGGGCCUACUUGAUCUUCUGGAUGAAGAAUGCAGAAUGCCAAAAGGUUCAGAUGACAACUGGGCUCGAAAGCUUUAUGACCAGCACCUGAACCACAGCCCUCACUUUCUUAAACCACGCAUGUCCAACUCUGCAUUCAUUAUUGUGCAUUUUGCUGAUAAGGUUCAGUAUGAGUGUGAUGGCUUUUUGGACAAGAAUCGAGACACUGUAUUUGAGGAGCCCAUCAACAUCCUGAGAGCUAGUCAGUCAGAACUAGUUGCAGAGUUGUUCCAGAAAGAGUCAGCAGGGAAAUCCCUUCCCAACUCCACUUUUGCAAAUGGGAGCAUACGUUCAGGGAAGAGAGCUCACAGAGAGCACAAAUUAACUGUGGGCUUUCAGUUUCGCCAAUCCCUGCAACUUUUAAUGGACACCUUGAACAGCACCACCCCUCAUUAUGUUCGCUGCAUAAAGUCCAAUGACCUCAAAAAGCCCUUCCUAUUUGACCCCAAGCGAGCAGUGCAGCAGCUGCGAGCAUGUGGAGUCCUAGAGACCAUCCGAAUUAGUGCCGCAGGCUACCCUUCCAGGUGGACAUAUGAGGAGUUCUUUGCCCGUUAUCGGGUGCUGUUACAAGCUUUUGUUUCUCAGGAUGAUGUGCGCCAUUCCUGUCAGAGUACCCUUCCUGAUCUUAUCCCUGAUCCGGAGCAGUACUGCUUUGGCAAGACCAAGGUUUUCUUUCGUGCUGGACAAGUAGCGGUUCUGGAGAAGCUUAGAGGAGAUCGGCUACAUGCAGCAGGGGUUUUGAUCCAAAGCUGGGUGAGAGGAUGGCAGCAGCGUAGGCAUUAUCAGCGGCUUCGACAGGCCACAUUUAUCCUGCAGCGGUACACCAGAGGAACCCUGGCCCGAAGGUUGGCGUGGACCCUCCGUUACACACGUGCUGCUUUAAUCAUCCAGAAAACAUACCGCAUGCUGGCUGUGCGACAGCUUUAUCUGACCAUUAGAGGGGCCACCAUUAAAAUCCAGGCCUUCAUCAGAGGAACCAAGGCUCGUCGAAUUUAUUCACAGAUGCUGACAGAGCGGGCAGUGUUGGUCUUGCAGGCACGAGUGCGAGGCUGGCUGGCCCGGAGCAGCUACAGGCGCAUCAGAUGUGCAGUGGUGCUCAUGCAGUGUUGUGUUCGUAGAAGAGCAGCACGUAGAGAGCUGUUGCGUUUGCGUGCUGAGGCCCGAUCUGUGGAGAAGUACAGAGAACUUAAUAAAGGCAUGGAAGUCAAACUCAUGCAGCUGCAGCUCCGAGCCGACCAACAGGCCAGAGAAAGCGCAUCUCUGAGGGAAACUCUUCAGACCGAGCGAGAAGCUCACAGCUCAGAGCUGGAGAAUCUGCGCUCCAGCCUUCUCAAACUGCAGAACCAGCUGAAGGAGAGCAUAAACACGGCUCCUUUAGUCAGCCAAAAACAGGAGGAGGAGUGGAGGAGAGCCGAGGACAAGGCCAAACAGGAGAUUCUCCAGCUGACACAGGAAAUCCAAGCUCUGAAAAUUGACAGAGAUUCUGUAGAGAAGGAGAGAGAUGGUUUGGCUAUUCGUUUACGGGAUCAGGAAAAAGCUCAGGAGGAGAGCCGGCAGCAGUCUGUAGAUCAGGCAGAUGCUUCAGUGAGAGCAGAGCUGGAAGAGGAGAGAAGAAGAUACCAGAGUUUACUGAGAGAGUUUACAAGACUAGAGCAAAGAUAUGACAACCUCAGAGACAUGAGCUUAUUCACCACCAAUGAGCGUUCACGUGGACAUCGACGAACAGAUUCCACAGUGUCUUUAGAGCCUCCUUCACCCGUCACCUCACCGUUCUCAAGUUCACCCGUCUUCCCUUCACCCGAGCAGGUCAGGAGGAUCAGCGUAACAUCACCCACCGACAGGGGACGCUGGAGCCAAGAACAUCCUCUGAGCAUGCUGAUGGAGGAUAUGAACGUUGCAAAGGACGCAGCUGAGAGGAUGAAGAACGAGGAUCUCAGACAUGCCUACGAUGCUGUUCGAGUGGCCAACAAGUUUCUAGAGACGCAGCUGUUUUCUCAGAGAGCGCAGUGGGAGCAGGAGAUUUCAGCACUCAGGAUGAAUCUGCAGCAACUACAAGACAGAGACACGUCUGGAGAUCCUGACAUAAAUGAUCUAACGGAGCAGGUGGCGGUUCGAGAGCAGGAAUGUGUCCGAUUGCGGCGAGAGCUCAAGGAGCUGAAACACACUGUGAGCCUCAGGAGAAUUCUGUCUUAUGCAGGUCUACCUGUUGCCGAGUCUCAGGAUCCAACAUCUCCUUCCCCUCAGAGGAUCCAGACGAUCACUGGACUGCUGGAGUGCAGGAAAAAAGACGAGAGCAAACUGAUCAAACACCUCAUAACAGACGUGCGGACGGAGAGCGUCUUGUCUUCGUCUCCUGGACUGGCGGCUCGGGUCUUGUUUCUCUGUGUGCGUCAGGCGGACUGCAGCGGAGAUCAGGCGCGGGUCAAGGGACUUUGCAGUGCUGUUGUGAGCGGCAUUAAAACUGCUCUGAAGAAACAUGGCAAUGAUCUGGACAUGACGGCUGUGUGGUUGAAGAACUCGUAUGUGCUCAGAGACCUGCUGCUCCAGCACUCUCCCCGACAGGAGUCGAGGGGUUCAGAGGAUCUGCUUCCUCUAGUGACGGAUGUGCAGGAGUUUGUUCGAGCUCUCAGUGAUCUGUGCAUUCAGUCCUAUCAGCAGCUACUGUCCAUCUCUGAGAGCCGCCUGCAGCCCAUCAUCAUCCCGGCGAUGCUGGAGAGUGAGAUGAUUCCUGGCCUGGCUGGAUCCUCAGUGAAGCUGAGUGCGGCUCGUAAGCGGGCCGGUUCAGAUCCGCGUCCUCCAGGCGGUUCAGAAGGAGUCUGUAUGUCCUCAGUCCUGCGGGAGCUUUCGGCGCUUCACACGUCCCUGUCCCGUCAAGACCUGCCCUCCGUCCUGCAGGAACAAGCCUUUCACCAGCUCGUGUACCUGCUGUCUGCAUCCACCCUCAACAGCCUACUGCUGCGCAAGGACAUGUGCUGCUGGAGCCGCGGCCUGCAGAUCCGGUCUUAUAAUGUGAGCGUGCUGGAGGAGUGGCUGCGGGCUCGUUCUCUUCAGACAGGAGGGCGCUGUGGGGACACUAAACCGCUGAUACAGGCCGCACAGCUCCUGCAGAUGAGCAAGAAGACUGAAGCGGACGCACAGGCCAUGGUUCAAGCCUGCAGUGCACUGACCAACCAGCAGUGGACACUCAUGGUGAAGAUCUUGAGUCUGUACACACCUCAGAGUGAUCUGGAGGAGCGAGUGACACUCAACUUCAUCCGUCUGGUUCAGGCUCUGCUGAAGGGCCGCUCGGAAGGUCCUCCUCAGCUACUGCUGGACGUCCGGCGUGUGUUUCCCGUCACCUUCCCUCAUGAUCCUCCAGCACAGGUCACCGCAGAGCAGAUCCACAUCCCUGAGGCCCUCAAGAUCAACUUCCUGCGCAGAGUCUGAACACACUGCACCCAC